GCUCAUGCUGCAAAGCGCCCGGCGGACAAAUGGCUUAUUUCACCGCUUACUGGUGAGAGAAUUCCGUCCGACAAAUUGGAGGAGCACGUCCGCUAUAACACAGUCGACUCUCAAUACAAAGAGGAUCGUGAACGGCUUAUGGGAGAACGUGGUAAUGAAGAGCCUGUGCUUGCUCCUGGAGCGGAAAUUAGUAAAAAUCUUGGAAGGUUCGCUGAGCGUCGUACUGAUAUCUUCGGUGUUGGAGCGGCUGGAGCUGAGCAGACGGUCAUCGGAAGAAAGCUUGGUGAAGAGGAGCCCCAGCCAACUAAGCAACUUAUUUGGGACGGUUCGGAAGAGACACGUGAAGCUCAUACGUUGGCUGUGCAAAGUCAAGUUACCAUUGAUCAGCAGAUUCAUGAAAUUCACCGUCAACAUGGCUUUCUUCCUGACUCUACCAAAGAGCGCAUUGGAGCGCAGCCCAUUGCACCACCUCCACCUCGUAGUGCCUCGGGUGCUAAUGCUACUCCGGUCGUGAAUCGAAUGUACCCACCGCCCCCUGUUACCACAGGCAUGAUGGGUUUACCACCUGGUUACGCACCACCACCUCCGUCAAUGGCCCCGCCAAUGCAGCAACCGGAUCAAUGGCCUCCGCCAAUGCAGCAACCAGCACCGCCUGUGCCAGAGGGACCGCCGGCAAAACGCCAGAGGACUGAAGAUGAUUUGGAGCCUGAGGCGGAAUGGCUUACAAAGGUCAAUGGUAUCAUUGAUCUACGAAUUCAGCUGCCGACCAGUGCCGAAUUUAAUAUGGAUGGUUCAAUUAUUGGGCUUCAAAUUGAUGUUACCUCACAGGUGGCUGAUCUCAAACAGAAUCUUCAGGACAAACUCAGUAUGCCGACUGGAAAGCAGAAGCUUAUUUUCGAUGGAUUCUUCUUGAAAGAUAACUUCUCGCUGGCCUACUACAACAUGAAAAACCAGUCAUUCGUUAUUUUACAGAUAAAAGAAAGAGGUGGUAAGAAUAAGUAG